AUGGUGUUUUUGACUUUAUCUUAUUGGAUCCGCAAUCGUGGGCCUGAUAGAUAUUGGAAGGUUCAAGAAGUUAUCAGUAAUGCACGGGUAAGUUAGCGCUGUAGCCACUGACAGCCAUUUAGCUAGCUCUGUUAGCUAUUCUAUUUAAUUGACAUUACAGAAUUUACUUUGCAUGCAACAUUUACUCACCGUAGUGACAGUUUCACACUGCAGGUAACUCAUCAAUUAACGUUAUAGUUAGUUAUGAAGCUUGCUAAAAUGGCUACCUAACUAGUUACAGACGAAGCAUUUGGCUAGUUUACCAAAUAACCGGCUGGUACUCAGUUCAGGGCUAGCAAGUCUCAUUCCAAAGAGAGGACUGUGCCAAUUUUAGCUACACGUCGGCAUACUCACAUUUACAUUUUAGUCAUUUAGCAGACGCUCUUAUCCAGAGCGACUUACAGUUAGUGAGUGCAUACAUUUUCAUACUGGCCCCCCGUGGGAAACGAACCCACAACCCUGGCGUUGCAAGCGCCGUACUCUACCAACUGAGCUACACGGGACUACCUCUUGCAGAGUUAGCUGGCUAGCUAGCUAACGUAGGUGGUAAAAAAAAACUAGUCUAUUGUCAAUAUAAGUAAGAUAAUACAAAAAUCCCCAUCAAAAUAGAUCAGUUUAAGGAAAAGGUAGAGAGGAAUGUUUUGCAUGGGGGUUGCGUCCCAAUCCGCCUAUGGCGGCCUUCCGCAUCUUCAGAGGUCAUCAUCAGCCAAUUAACGUUAAUGAACUAAAAACUAAUGUACCUUUCCAUUUGGGUUCAAUUCUAUUUCAAUACUGUAAAUUCAGGGGAUUCAUAAAAAUUGUGCAAUAUGGUUUAAUGAAUUUCAAUUCACUUACUGUAUGGUCAUUUCAAAUGAACUUGACCCCAAACAACCCUGAUACCCUUGUAGUGUGUUGUCACCGUUUUUGCCCUUUCCUAUCAUCUGUAUUUCUCUUCCCCUAUCUCUGUGUCCAUCAGCAUUUCAGAGGUAGAAAGAGGUACGGGCAGUACGAAGGGCCUUUGUAUAUGCCACCAAGGCUCACAAAAUCAAACAACGUAACAUCCGUACGGUAAGAGCAUGAUCAGAAUUAUAGCCAUGUCAUUGAUACAUCUAAUUAGAUAUUCUAGCUAUGCUAUACCCUGGAUCUAUAUGUGCACCCUUACAUGUCAUCAAGAUCUCUCCUCUCUCAUUAUCAUGUGCUUAUGAUAAAUCAGCUACAUGUAGAUGUGUGCUAUUGUGAGUGAGAUCCUAAAACAAUGCUUUUCACCAGCAAUGGAUCUCAUGCAUCGCGGCAGCAUCACGGGAGCACGGCAUGAAGUACCCCACCCUCAUGCACAACCUGGUGAAGGUCAGUACAGUAGGCCUACAGUAGGGAUCAUCAACUAGAUUCAGCCGCGGGCCGAUUUUUUUCUGGAGCGGAUGGUCAGGGGGCCAGAACAUAAUUACAAAUAAUUUGUAGACUGCAAAUUGUCCACAAGAAGCCCAAACAGAUAUAAUAUUUGACUAAAACAUAAUAAUUUCAAACCUUGCUUACAUUUGUAUAUGAUCACAUAUACACUACAUGGCCAAAAGUAUGUGGACACCGGCUCAUUGACGAUCUCAUUCCAAAACAUGGGCAUUCAUAUGGAGUUGGUACACCCUUUGCUGCUAUAACAGUCUCCACUCUUCUGGGAAGGCUUUCCACUAGAUGUUGGAACAUUGCUGCUGGGACUUGCUUCCAUUCAGCCACAAGAGCAUUAGUGAGGUCAGGCACGGAGGCUGGGCAAUUAGGCCUGGCUCGCAGUCGACGUUCCAAUUCAUCCCAAUUUGUGCCACGUUGAAAGUCACUGAGCUCUUCAUUCUACUACCAAUGUUUGUCUAUGGAGAUUGCAUGGCGGUGUACUCGAUUUUAUACACCUGUCAGCAACGAGUGUGGCUGAAAUAGCAGAAUCCACUAAUUUGAAGGGGUGUCCACAUACAUGUAUCUCAUGUAGUGUAGUGUAUGCGUGGGAAUACUUUAAACAGAUUUUUAAAAUGUAAGUCACUUGGAGCUGAUUUGCUGGUGUUUUUACAGUCUCAUGUCCAACUAAAAAAAAUACAAAAAUAAUAAUUUUUUGCCCAGAAAUUGGGGGAACAAAUAAAAUCUCCCACGGGCUACCAGUUGGGGAACCCUUGCCUACAGUAUGUCUUAACCUAGUUACGACACUAUCUCUCGGUUCCAGCUUGUGAUGAUUCAGUACAGCUCCUCUGUAAGGCAUUUUUGUUCCCAAGGUUUGAUUUACAACAUUGCUCCAGCUCACAACCACAUGUAAUCAGAGCACAGCAGACACUUAUCAUAGAACAGAAAGAAAAAAAAUAACUGAAAAUGUGAAAUAUUAAUAACAAAUAGGGAUGAACGGUACAAAGUGAAUGUUGCCACUUGAUUGUACAGUGAGGGAAAAAAGUAUUUGAUCCCCUGCUGAUUUUGUACGUUUGCCCACUGACAAAGAAAUGAUCAGUCUAUAAUUUUAAUGGUAGGUUUAUUUGAACAGUGAGAGACAGAAUAACAACAAAAGAAUCCAGAAAAACGCAUGUCAAAAAUGUUAUAAAUUGAUUUGCAUUUUAAUGAGGGAAAUAAGUAUUUGACCCCCUCUCAAUCAGAAAGAUUUCUGGCUCCCAGGUGUCUUUUAUACAGGUAACGAGCUGAGAUUAGGAGCACACUCUUAAAGGGAGUGCUCCUAAUCUCAGCUUGUUACCUGUAUAAAAGACACCUGUCCACAGAAGCAAUCAAUCAAUCAGAUUCCAAACUCUCCACCAUGGCCAAGACCAAAGAGCUCUCCAAGGAUGUCAGGGACAAGAUUGUAGACCUACACAAGGCUGGAAUGGGCUACAAGACCAUCGCCAAGCAGCUUGGUGAGAAGGUGACAACAGUUGGUGCGAUUAUUCGCAAAUGGAAGAAACACAAAAGACCUGUCAAUCUCCCUCGGCCUGGGGCUCCAUGCAAGAUCUCACCUCGUGGAGUUGCAAUGAUCAUCAGAACGGUGAGGAAUCAGCCCAAAACUACACAGGAGGAUCUUGUCAAUGAUCUCAAGGCAGCUGGGACCAUAGUCACCAAGAAAACAAUUGGUAACACACUACGCCGUGAAGGACUGAAAUCCUGCAGCGCACGCAAGGUCCCCCUGCUCAAGAAAGCACAUAUACAGGGCCGUCUGAAGUUUUCCAAUGAACAUCUGAAUGAUUCAGAGGAGAACUGGGUGAAAGUGUUGUGGUCAGAUGAGGCCAAAAUCGAGCUCUUUGGAAUCAACUCAACUCACCGUGUUUGGAGGAGGAGGAAUGCUGCCUAUGACCCCAAGAACACCAUCCCCACCGUCAAACACAGAGGUGGAAACAUUAUGCUUUGGGGGUGUUUUUCUGCUAAGGGGACAGGACAACUUCACCGCAUCAAAGGGACGAUGGACGGGGCCAUGUACCGUCAAAUCUUGGGUGAGAACCUCCUUCCCUCAGCCAGGGCAUUGAAAAUGGGUCGUGGAUGGGUAUUCCAGCAUGACAAUGACCCAAAACACACGGCCAAGGCAACAAAGGAGUGGCUCAAGAAGAAGCACAUUAAGGUCCUGGAGUGGCCUAGCCAGUCUCCAGACCUUAAUCCCAUAGAAAAUCUGUGGAGGGAGGUGAAGGUUCAAGUUGCCAAAUGUCAGCCUCGAAACCUUAAUGACUUGGAGAAGAUCUGCAAAGAGGAGUGGAACAAAAUCCCUCCUGAGAUGUGUGCAAACCUGGUGGCCAACUACAAGAAACGUCUGACCUCUGUGAUUGCCAACAAGGGUUUUGCAAGUACUAAGUCAUGUUUUGCAGAGGGUUCAAAUACUUAUUUCCCUCAUUAAAAUGCAAAUCAAUUCAUAACAUUUUUGACAUGUGUUUUUCUGGAUUUUGUUGUUGUUAUUCUGUCUCUCACUGUUCAAAUAAACCUACCAUAAAAUGUAUAGACUGAUCAUCUCUUUGUCAGUGGGCAAAUGUACAAAAUCAGCAGGGGAUCAAAUACUUUUUUCCCUCACUGUAUAUACUGAACUGUAAAAAUCCUUUGCACUACCAUCUCAUCCCACUCCUUAGUCUUUACUGUUGUUACUCAGAUCCUCUCAUCCUUUCCUCGGAUCUUCUAAGAUUUGUGUCGGUUCAAAGUGUAUGUUUAUUUACACUUCCAACCCUCCUCUUCUCUCCCCUUACAGAGUAGUGUUGAGGUGAAUCGACGUGUUCUGAGCGACCUUGCCAUCACAGAGCCUAAGUCAUUCCUGUCUCUUGCAAAGCUGGCCAGGGUGAGGCAACAGGAGGGAUUCGGUGGAGCGUUAGGCAAUGGCAAAGAGCCUCCUGGUGUCUUCUCACACAUUGUCACGCUACAGUGA